UUUUUUUUUUUUAAUUCUUUAUUUAUUGCGUGCAAAGAGGUAACAUUGCUUGGUGCGCCACAACAGCUGCAGCAAACAGAGAGAUAAGAUGUACAGGGUUAUGGCAGUCGCAUGCGUUGCACAUUUUUAAAUUAUAGAUCAUGCAGAAUAAAACAAUAUAACAAGCAUAGUGCUGUUAAGUAAGACUUUUAUAGCUAUUCUAUGCAUGCUUAAUUAAACAGUGGUUGUAUAACUAUUUAGUUACAGGCUUAUGCAAAAUAACAUCAGAUACAGGUUUCUCUAGUUAAUUAAAGUUAACCACCAGGGGGCAGUGAGUCGCUGGGUCAGUCGGCUAACAUAUACAUGUGUGCUCAUUCAUUAUUAAAUGAUUUCCAAAUUUGUGCUGUGUGGAUCUGCAGGAACCAGAUCAAUUUUAAUAGACUCAUAAUAAUACAGAGAAUGACACAGAGUGGCAUGUUAACAUAAAAAGGUAUCUAGUGCUCUGCUGGGAUCCUAGUAAUAUAUGAGUAUCAGUCACAGCUAGGAAAUGAGUCUUGUGUCCAGUGUCCUUUAUUCCUCCAUGUUAAUGCAGGGUCAGAGUCUCAGUAUGGUCCCCACAGAUCCAUCCGCCGCAAAGGAAAUGUUGCCUCAGGUAAAACGAUUAUUAGCCAUGGUUACUUAAUGAAUGUGCACCCUUCAGGGUUGUCUGAUGGGCGGAGAGGGUUCUCCACUAGCCGCUGUCGAUGCAUAACUUUCAGGUCAGCCUCCGUUUCCAGACAGUACUCAGCUGUUGCUUGACUGUCGCUGCCUCCAUGCAUCGGCUUAUACUGGGUGCGGCGGCCAUCUUGGGUUGUUCCACGCGGUCACUGAGUGGUCUGUUCACCUCACUGUUUGCCCAAAGGGAUCUCCGCCUUCCCGGUGGGGUCCGGGAUAACCCCCCCGGCCCACAGGGGGGGGGAGAACGAGGCCCUUUGCCGGCGUGCGGGAGGACCCGCCGGACUAAGCGCGGGAGAUCGGCCAUUUCUCCCGCCAGAGCCUCACGACGGGCCGCAAUACCAUCCGCCCAGCAGUCAGCCUUGCCGGUAGGGUAUGGGCCGACAGCUGCCCCAAGUGUUGUGGCUCAGGUCCCCAGUGCCUUCUCAUAGUUGCCGGUUGUUUUUUAGGGGGAGAUAUAGUAGUUUUGGGCUGAUUAAUGGGCUUUCAUCGUGGAGCCAAGGCGCUCCACGUCCAUCCGGCUCAGCGUGCAGGCCCCGCCCCCACUACUUUUCAAUUUAUUAUUGAAUACACUUAAUAUAUAAAUAUAUGUGUUGUUACUUUUAAGAAACCAAAUUCAGACAGGAGCUUUCUUGUCUAUGUCUUGGCAGAUGACUUGACUCAGCAGGAAUACUUAUGGUUAAUCAAAAAAAAAAGAAAAAUAUAAAAGUCCUUCUCAACAAGAGAAUUUAAGUGGUAAAUCCAAAAAAGAAAUAUGUCUUUCUCUACAGGAGGAGUUAAGUGGUUAAUACAAAAAGAAAGUAUAACAGUCUUUCUCAGCAGAAGAAUCCAAGUGGUUAAUCCAAAAGGAAGUAUAACAGUCUUUCUUAGCAGUAGGACUGAAAUGGUUAAUCCAAAAGGAAAUAUAACAGUCUCUUAGCAGGAGGACUUAAACGGUUAAAACAAAAAAUAAAUAUAAUGUUAAAUGGUUAAGCCAAUGAAAAUUAAAGGGACACUAUAGUCACCUGAACAACUUCAGCUUAAUGAGGUUGUUCAGGUGAGAACUAUAGCUCCCUGCAGCCUCUCUCACGUAAACACUGUAUUUUCUGAGAAAAUACAGUGUUUACAUUCAAAGCUAGAGACACCUCCAGUUGCAGUCACUCAGACUGCCACCAGAGGGACUUCAGAGUUGAUUGAGGCAUAAAACGCCUCAAUCCACUCAGAUCUGCUGUCAGCAGACAGAGGGCAGCUCUGUGCACAAGCAUCCUGUCUGCGUGGGAGUGACUUGAGCGGACAAGCUGAAGACCGGAGACCGAGGAGGAGGGGAGGAUUCAAACUGUAAGUAAAUGUAUUUAGUGAGUGUGGGUGGGUGGGUGACGGUGGGUGGAUAUGGAUGAUGGGAAUGGAUGGAUGGAUAGAGAGUGUGUGUGUAUAUGUCUAUUUUUUUUUUUACUUGUAUAGAGAGGUGUAUAUAUAUAUAUAUAUAUAUAUAUAUUUUCUAUGCAAACACAAUAAAAAAGGAAAAAGGGUAAGCGCUAGGUAACACAAAAGCUGCAACCUGUAAAGGGAAUCCCUCAAACAACCCUCCAAUACAAUAGAAAUAAAAGGAACAAGAUAAAAGGCUGCGCUAAAUAAUAGAAAUAUAAAAAUCUAAAUAGAGUCUCUUAACUGGAGUAGGAUCUACUUAAAAUCCAGAGUCCGUAAAGUGCUUGGUCUUGGAAGGUGCUUUGUCCAUGGAGAAGUAUCCUGGCUGCUUGUUCAACAGAGUCGGUAGCUUGGAACGAGAAGAGCAGACAUACAAACCAAAAAUAGUGUAAUACGUCCUAUAUAAUAUAGAAAAUGAUAUAGAAGGAGGUAUUCCACUCACGUGAGGUAGAGCUGUAACUAGCUCUAGUAUAGCAGGCGUGCAGCGGUAUGAUCCCCGCUUGUAGGAUAUAAUGAAGAGUAUGUAGCAGGAUACUGGGUCCGCGAGACGAUGAUGCACUCAAAUACAAAUAGAGAGACAACCAAUAGUGUUGACUGAUAGGAAUAAAAUGAAGAUAAAAGGGUACUCACAAGGAAGGAGCAGGCAAACUGCUCCUUGGAGAUAGCUUCGGUGGUAUGAUCCCCACAAGAUAAAAAUGCCAGGUAAAAAAUAAAUAAAAAUGUGUGUAUAAAAAGAUAUUGGUACAAAUUAAGAGUGACCAAAAAAUCUUUAA